AUGGAGCUUGAAAACUACAAUCGUCUACCAAUCGCACAACCACGCAUUUCAAGCGUAUUGAAUGAUCCCAAAAAAUUAACAAAUUAUUAUGAAAUCAAACAAGCACGCUUCCAACAAGAAGAAACAAAGAAGUGUUCCGCCGAAGCUAACACUCUGAAGAAGAAACUGAUCGAAGUCUGUCAAAACAUUCAACGAAAACAAGAAGAAUCUAAAUCUGGAAACAUCACUGUUCAUGUUUUUCUUGCAAAAUAUGCUGUUUUGGAGAUAACCAAAAGAAUCAAGAAAAACGCGAAAAAUCUGAAACGAGAAAAUAGGAAAAUGAAGAUUGAGAUGGAGAAACUGAAGAAAAGGAAUGCAAAACUAUCUUCAAAAAUUGAUCAGCUAAAAAAGGAAAUUGAAAAAAACAAGAAAGAGGAAGAAGAGUUGAAGAAUGCAAAAGAAUCAAUCAAUCAAUUAUCUUACAAAACGAAAAUAUACGCAUCAAAUGUCAACAAUUUGAUGGAAGAGGUAGAAGCAGCGAAGAAUGCGGAGCAGUCGAAAAGUAAAAAUGGAAGAGAAAAUUAUCAGAAAAUGUGGAAGGAUUACAGAUGUACGCGUGACAUCACCAAGCUUUAUCCUCUUCCUGAGCUCCCUUCCCUGUCCAACGAGUUUAUGAAUACUUAUAGAAAUGUGAUGACCAAAUAUUCUCAAGAAAAGAACGAAUACGAUGUUUCAAAAUUUUGCUGUUUUUGCCAUAGACAAUUGAAAGGUUUACCUGUCACUUGCAAAUAUUGUAAAAAAUCGUUCCACAAAAAAUGUGUGAAUAAGGAGCGCGGAUGGUGCGAAGCCGAAAUGGACACUCCAAAGACUUCAAAUUGA